AAAAAGAUGAAGCCAGUAAAAUAGGAAGAACCCUGAUCUGGGAUAAAAAUGAAUUUAUGGAGGAUUCCCUCUAUAAUUACAAAGAAAACAAGGAUUUGUUGGAUGAAAAAUCUAUUGAAAGUACUGGUGAACGUAAAAGAGAUGGACCAAGAAUAAUCCAUGGUUAUGAAUGA